AUGUCGGCUUAUCCCAAAAAUUACAAUCCAUUUGAUGAUGACGCGGAUGAUGAAGACUUAAAGCCUGUGAAAUGGAAGAAUGAAGAGGAUUUCUCCGAUAAGCCUAGGGAGCCUCUGGACAGACAACAAUACCUGCGGCAGGAAGUGCUGAGGCGGACAGAGGCUUCUGUGGAGAGCACCAACAGGUCCCUUUCCUCCAUUUAUGAAUCAGAGAAGGUUGGAAUUGCUUCAUCUGAGGAGCUCAUGCGUCAGCGGGGAGUGCUUCAGCGCACAGAACAGAUGGUGGACAAGAUGGACCAGGACUUAAAGACUAGCCAGAGGCACAUUAACAACAUCAAGAGCAUGUUUGGGGGCCUGGUCAAUUACUUUAAGUCCAAGCCUGCCGACGCCGCACCCCCCCAGAAUGGCGUCGCCGACUCCCAGCCUAACACACGACUGAAAGAAGCCAUAGUCACAAGCAAAGAACAAGAGGAGAAUUAUCAGGCGAGCCACCCUAACCUGAGAAGGCUGCAGAGUUCAGACGCUAUCAUGGGUGGGUCCAGCUCCGCCAUCAGCACUGACGCCUAUCCAAAGAAUCAACAUCUCCGAGCCUAUCACCAAAAAAUAGAUAGCAAUCUCGAUGAGAUGUCCAAGGGACUUGGCCGGCUCAAGGACAUUGCCUUGGGAAUGCAGACUGAAAUUGAAGAACAAGACGACAUCAUUGACCGACUCAACACUAAAGUUGACAAGCUAGACAUAAAUAUCAAAAGCACAGACAAAAAAGUCCGGCAGCUUUAGAGACAAAUUAGGUUUUCUGUUUGUUUGCCAUGGAACGAUCUGAGAAAUUCUUUCCUUCCCAAGAUGUUUUUCAAAGCCUUUGGAAGAAUUCCAUUUCACUACUUUAGUAAGUUACUGAUUAAGCUGUGUCUGCAAGUGGUACAACAGUGUAAGUCUUCUAAAGAGUUACUUAGCCAAGAUGGAUAGGGAGGAGGGCAACCCU